CUUGCGACUUUCACGGACCGCAUUCAUAACAGAGAAAGGCGGUGCGUCUAAAUUAAGUAUUCCAUUCUCGUUUUCGCAUAUAGGUCCCCCUUACCUUACUGGGAUGAAAUGCUCGUUCCUCGUUAAACGGGCCCAGUUGGCCGUAUCCUUGCAGCUUUGUGUAGGGGCGGUCGCAUCGGGAAGCACAGCCAAUGUGGACGAGAGAAAAGAAGCCGUGGAGCAGUGUGUGAAAGGAGUACGCUGUGCCGACCGAGAAGAGACAGCGUCCCAUGUGCUGCGCGUAGCGGGAUAAGGAGAUACGAUAAGCUAACGGCUUUCAAAAUGAGACACCUGCGCACGACUAUUGCAACAUGGCUCACCUUCUCGAGUUACACCGCCCUCUGCGCAGCGAAACCACGCGAAGACUCCAACCAGCCAUAUGCGUACACAAGUUCUGGCAUAGUAAAGGGUGUACGCCUGAACAUAAACAAUCGACCCAUUGACGCUUUCUACGGCGUACCCUUCGCCGAACCACCGCUAGCGCAACUGAGAUUCCGAAAGCCACUCACACACCCACCGUGGAAAGGUGUCUAUUAUGCUACACGCAAGAAGCCCCCAUGUGCUCAGAAAUCUUGGGAACUGACACAGAGCUUCACCAUAGACGCGACGAAUUCCACCGAAGACUGCCUCCAUCUCAACAUUUGGACUGCUGCGAGGUACUGCUUCAGUCCGAACAUCGGCCUUUGUGGUUCAAAGGCCGUCAUGGUUUUCUUGCACGGUGGAGGAUUUCAAUUUGGAGGCAACAGUUACUCUAUCUAUGACGGGAGAUACCUAGCUCUUCUGGGUGACGUUGUGGUCGUGGUUCCGAACUACAGGCUGAACGUGUUUGGUUUUUUGAACGCGAAUGUGUCUGACAACCCUGGUAAUAUGGGAAUGUAUGACCAAAUUCUGGCGCUAAAGUGGGUACAAAAGAACAUCGCUAUGUUUGGUGGUGAUCCGAACCGUGUCACCCUCUUCGGCCAAAGUGCUGGAUCCGUGUCCAUCGGUUACCACCUUCUGUCCCCUCUAAGCAAAGGGCUCUUCAAAAGAGUCAUUAUGCAAAGCGGGACACCAUACUGGAAGGUUCCGGACAACACGUUUACAGGAAAGCUCAAAGUUCAACAGCUCGCCAUUGGACUGGGAUGUCCAAUCGGGCAAAGAGGUAACGUCCUUGCUGAUCCUGGAAAAGUAAUUGACUGCAUUAGGGCGAAAGAGAGAACAGAGAUUUACAGGACAAUGAAGAGCGUGUUUGGAGUUGAGGAGCAUUACAUGAUACCAGCGUAUUAUAGCGAAUUUCUUCCGUUUGAGCCCGUGAUGGCGACAGAAAAAGGACUGUUCCGUGACGUCGAUUUACUCAUCGGAAACGUCAUGAACGAAGGUUCGAGCAUCGUAGAUCACUUCUUCUGGAAGAUUUUCAACUUCAAAGAUUACACGAAAAUCACGGUAGACGAAAUCUGGUUCUACAGCUUGUUAGUCUUCCAAGUGAUCCUGGGCAGAAAUCCCGGUCCCAUACGAGAAAUAUAUCUCAGCGAUAUGAACCAAACUGCAUUGGCACUCAGCAGAUUAUCCGACGCUGUGGGUGAUUUCAGUUUGAUCUGUCCAUCGUUGUUGUAUGCCGAAGCUAUGGCAAAGAAAAAGAACGACGUCUAUUUCUACGUGUUCAACCACAGACCAUCAUUCAGUGUUUACAACCAGUGGACAGGAGUAACGCACGGGGACGAGCUUGGCUUUGUGUUUGGUUUUCCGCUGUUGUAUCCACGGCAGUCAACCGACGAGGAGAAGAUUCUCAGCAGGAGGCUUAUCCGGAUCUGGGCCACGUUUGCCAAGACUGGAAAACCUCCAACGGUUGGUGGGCAGUUGUGGCCGCGAUUCACGAAGGAGCACCCUUUCUACCUGAGUAUUAACCUGAAGAACUACUCGCAAGGCAUCGGGUUCCGGCAGAAAAUCUGCGAUUUCUGGCGCAAGUACCUCGUCCCGUCGGCUGGGUCCUGAGCGCACAAUUACCAUCUUCUCUCGGACCACAGCAUUGGCGUGCUGCUUUGAUAUGCAAGAUAAGGUGUAGCAAGUGUGAAGCUAAGGACACCUACGUUGUUUUUAACCCGAUGGUAUGAUGACACAAAGAAAACUGUAAAUAAAACGAAAGAGAAGGUGCAAUCAUCCAUCUUUAAUUUGCA